UAUGCUCCAAGAAGGCACAUAACUCAAAGGAGGCACAUACAUAAACAAUUAACUAGUGUGGAAGCAAUGGAAGCAGCCUGAGCAUUUCAAUGGUAUUCUUUGGCAAAAGUCAGCAGUGGAACCAAUGAUUGUGACUUAGGGCAUAGAAAAAUAAACUCCUAAUGGGAUCCUCCUUUUAAUGAUUUACUUUAAAGACUUUACUUUUGUUAUCUUGUAUUGCAGUUACGGUAAAAAACGUUGGAUUGAGGCAGGAUCCUUAUGAAGAGUUCAAAAUUAUCUGUAAAUCUAGAGGUUCUUGCACUUUAUUUCUAAACAACCUUUUUAAAUAUUUUACUAAUGGUUAAAAAUUAAUCACAGACAAAUACCUAAGGCUAAAAAGAAUCAGACACAGAGAAAUUCCUCUAGCUAGCUAGAGAAAAACUCUUCAUCAUGAAAAUAUUACUAGUUCUCUUGAUUUUUUCAUGCUUCUUCUUUUGUGGAUUACAGCACAGAGCCUCUGAAGGUGAAGAGCUAUCUCAGUCAAAUCAGCAAGAGACAUUCCUGAUAAAAGAAUGCUUAAAUAAUAAGUACACACAUAACGCUUGUAAGAAAGUUUUCUGUCACCCAUGGCAGAGAUGUGUUGGAGGAAGUUGUAUUUGCAAGCUUCCCUACCAAUGCCCAAGGAAUGUCACCUGGGUUUGUUCUACCAAUGGAAGGACAUUCCAAAAUUAUUGUCAGCUAAAGGCCUAUGAAUGCCAGCACCCACACGAGAAGUUUCUGAGUAAAGCAAAGUGCACGCCUUCAGAAAAAUUUGAAGUUUCUUUGGACUAUGCAGAUUCAGAAUCAGAGGGUCUUAUUCAAGUAAAGCUUGUGAAUCAUACUGAGAAGUUAUUUAUAUGUAACAGUGAGUGGAGUAUGAAUGAAGCAAAUGUUGUCUGCAGACAUCUUGGUUUUAAAACAGGAGCUGAACAUCACAAAAAGACAUUCGAAGUCCCAGAAUCUGCCUUAACUUCAUCUCAAUGUCUUCAUACUACUUGCAGAGGGCUAGAGACUAGCCUGGCGGAAUGUACUUUAAGCGAGAGAUCAAAUAUUAAUAGUAACGAGGAUUUUGCUAGUCUUGUGUGCCAUAAAGAAUAUAGAGAAUGUUUAUCAACUGAAUUCCGUUGUGUCAACAAUAAAUGCAUUCCUUUACAUGAAACCUGUAAUGGAAUCAAUGACUGCGGAGACCUAAGUGAUGAAAUGUGUUGUAAAGCAUGCAAAGGCAACAGUUUCCAUUGUAACUCCGAUGUGUGUAUCCCAACUAAGUACCUCUGUAACAGGGAACUGGACUGCCUUGCAGGAGAGGAUGAAUCUCAAGCUCGCUGUGGAGGUGAGCAAAAGCCAAAGCCAAAAGUUCAAGGACAUUCACAUUCAAAGGCUAGCAUUCAAGAACAAAAAGAAGACACCUCAACUUCCAGUAUGAAUGGAGAACAACAUGUCCAAAAUUCUAAUAUAGAUGAAGAAAGGAAAACAUUAAAGACCUUGUUGCCUCAGUUAAAGUGUGGUGUUACAAACCACCCAGUAACUCGACGGAAGCGAAUCAUAGGAGGAAACACUGCUACAAAGGGUGAAUUCCCUUGGCAAGUGGCAAUUAGAGAGGGUAGUGGUACAGUGAACUGUGGAGGAAUUUAUAUCGGUGGCUGUUGGAUUCUGACUGCUGCACAUUGUGUCAGAAAAAGUCGAGUUAAUCAGUAUCGGAUAUGGACUGGAAUAUUAGAUACAAUCGUCUAUAAUCAAGAGAUAGAUACUUUUAGAUUAAACCAAGUGAUAAUCCAUGAAAACUAUAAUGCCUCAAACUAUCUGAAUGACAUUGCUUUGUUGGAGAUGAAAAGUAAUGACAAAGGAAAACCAUGCACACUAGCAUACAGCAUACCUGCCUGUGUUCCCUGGUCAGAAUAUCUGUUCAGAUCUGGACAUCAAUGCAAGGUUUCCGGCUGGGGACUAGCAGACGGUUAUACCAAACAAUUUGUUCUUCGAUGGGGCAACAUUAAUUUAUUUCCAAACUGUUCAGAUAUCUAUAAAGAGCGCUUUUUUGACGAAAUGGAAUGUGCAGGUACCUUUGAUGGUUCCAUAGAUUCCUGUAAAGGUGAUUCAGGAGGACCCUUGGUCUGUAUGGAUUCAAAUAAUAGGGCAUAUGUGUGGGGUAUUGUGAGUUGGGGUGAAAACUGUGGAGUUCAAGGAUUCCCUGGAGUUUACACAAAAGUAGCCAAAUACUUUGAUUGGAUUAGCCGUCAUGUGGGAAGGUCCGUUAUUUCUCUAUAUAAUGUGUGAAGCUUUGGGAACUAAAUACUACAUUCUCAGCACCUACACACAAAAAAGAAAAUUAGUUCUACCUUAGAAUCAGCAGUUUUAUUACAUACUUGCAAUUUUUGGAAGAAAUGUUUAAACAAAUAUUUGAAAAUGCUAUUAGUGUUCUAUAAAUGUAAUGAUUCUUGUAGAAAGUGUUUUGUACUAAAAUUAGUUCACUGCAAGAUUCUCUAAUAAAUGCGUGUAUACUAUAAGGAAAUUAAAACAUCUGAUUUGGGGGGGGAUAUUACAUUUCAUGUUUGU